AUGUGCCAGUGCUUCACUCUGGUCUGUGUGUGUGUGUGUGUGUGUGUGUGUGUGUGUGUGUGUGUGUAGGCAUCAUGGUUCUGAGCUUGUCCCCUGCGGCGGUGUGCCAGUGCUUCACGCUGGUCUCUCUCUGUACCUCCAUCGCGGAUCCUGACUGGAUCGAGGUGCAGAACAGCUCGGACCCGAAAGGACGACAGCUGAUAUACGGAGUCGCAUUCACACUCCACUCCGGGAAAAACAUCACCGACGCAGGUCCACUAGGUGGCUCUACUGGUCUUGGUGUGUAUCUGCUGUACGCGUUAGCCGCCGUGUGCUACGCUACCGUGCUGACUUCCUCUUCCUGCUUCCUGCUGGACUUCCUGGGCGUGGCCUCUUACCAGCCCAAACUCGUCAGGUCCCUACACAUCUGCACAGCGUUCCUGGCGGUGUCCAUACUGGGUGUGUUCGGCUCUAGUGUCUAUGUGAUUUGGCGUAACGUGCGAGAGGGCCCCCUGGAGGCGUUUGUGGGCGAGAGCGUCUACAUCGCCGUGCUCGGAAUCUUCUUCUCCUUCGUGGCCGCCGCGUUCAGCUUCUUCAACCAAUCGGAGCCCGGCGUGGCGGUGACAUCACCGUCGUCAUCGCUGGCCUAUGCCGUCCAGGAAGAGGACGACACGGAGCCCCUGAUUGGCCAACGACAAGCUGGGAGGAGGGAGGAGCCUGCGGGCCGGGAGGCGUCACCUGACUGAGCUCGGCCAAUGGGAGGGGGAGCUGAGGUUUGCACUGGUGAGAUUCAGGAAGUUGGACGCUUGCAGGACGGAUGUGAUUGGUCAAGGCCCUUAACUCAAGGGCGUCGGCAUACCAAAGACGUGACUGGAUGGCUGAGUGACUGACAGUACUGUGGGCCAAUCAGCUCUGUCUGAGCAGCACAGACGUGUUCCCAUUGGCCCAGAGAACCUCCCUCCCUCUGUCUCUCUUGUCCCAUUGGCCCAGAGACCCUUCUUCCCUCCCUCGCUCUCGUCCCAUUGGCCCAGAGACCCUCCCUCCCUCCCUUUGUCCCUCUCGUCCCAUUGGCCCAGAGACCCUCUCUCUCAGCCCAUUGGCCCAGAGACCCUCCCUCUCGUCCCAUUGGCCCAGAGACCCUCUCUCUCAUCCCAUUGGCCCAGAGACCCUCCCUCUCGUCCCAUUGGCCCAGAGACCCUCCUUCCCUCCCUCUCCUUCUCUCGCAUGGACCCUUUAGCUGCCUGACUAAACUCGUUUUGGUCAUUUUAACGUGUUAUUUGAUGUGUUUUUGAUGUUUUUGGUGUAAUGUUGUUUUUUUAAAGUGCUUUGUAUAUUUUAUGUUUUUAUUUUUGUGUCUACGGAUGUCAGGGCCAGCCGCUCUUUGGACCAACACACCCUCACACAUACUAUUCAUAACACACACACACACUCACACACACACACACACACACACACACACACACACACACACACACACACACACACACACACACACACACACACACACACACACACACACUAUGAAGCACACUGUACAUACACCUGCACACAUGCUAUAUGAAGCACACAAAUGCUGUGUACAUACACAUACUCGUUCCAACAAUAUGAAACACACACACACACACACACACACACACACAGGACCACAGGUGUGUGUCGAUGUGAGUGUUGGGUUUUUAACCACUAGUCUUGAAUGUUUUACUGACCCCCCUUACUGACUAAGUGUGUGUGUGUGUGUAUGUGUGUGUGUGUGUGUAUGUGUAUGUGUGUGUGUGUGUGUGUGUGUGUGUGUGUGUGCGCGUAUGUGUGUGUGUAUGUGUGUGUGUGUGAGUGCGUCCUAAAUGUUUUUCCCCACACUGCUGACAGCUGAGCUAAGUGUGAGGGUAGAGGAACACUUUUUAUGGAUAACAUGGAUGUGUGAGAAAGAACACACACACACA